UACAAGUUGUCGCAGCACUCUUUUCGGCCUUGCAUGUGUCUGAUUGCAAUUUUGAGUUGAUUUAAAAUUUUUUUUACCCUACGUAAAAAAUAGCGUAAAUUCUAAAACAAGUUUUUCUUGGCUCACAUUUGAAUGCGGUAUUUUGAUUGUCCCUCUGUAGCGGGCCAGUUUGAUCUGAUUCAAUGGAGAAGUACCACAAAAUUGAGACGAUUGGACAAGGAGGCUGUGGCUGGGUUUACAAGGGUCAUGACUCUCUGACAAAGGAGACUGUUGCCUUGAAGGAGGUUUUCCUUCUUGAGGGAGAUGAAGGUGUUGCAAGCUCUGUAAUUAGGGAAAUAUCCCUUCUGAAAGAGAUGGAGCAUGACAACUAUUUGAAGACGAGGAAGACAAUUGGCAGAGGGUGUGAAGCUUGUGGACUCUUAUCACUUUGAGUCGCUAUCUCCUUCUACUGCAUGCACUACUGUUGCCACACCUUUCCAAAUUUAUUGUCGCUUGGGUCAUCCUUCAUUGGAAAAUUUAAAAUGUCUUGUUCCUAGUUUGAGUUCUAGUCUAGAUUAUGAGGCUUGUUAGUUGGGAAAGCACCAUCGUGUUUCUUUUGCUUUUCUUGUCAAUAAACAGGCUGCAAGUCUUUUUAUGUUAGUUCAUUCAGAUGUAUGGGGUCCUAGUAGGGUCGUGUCCAAAUUGGGUUUUCGGUACUUUGUAACUUUUGUGGAUGAUAAUUCAAGAAUGACUUGGUUGUAUUUAAUAAAAGAUCGUUCUGAGUUAUUU